UAUAUUUGGCCGCAAAUAUUCGCCGGACGUCUGGCCGAACUAUACGGCGCUAAAUACCUAAUACUCGUCUCAAUACUAGUGUCGGGACUAAUAAACCUGUUCACACCUCUAAUAGUGCGCACAAAUUUUACCCUGUUCAUCGUGUCGCGGGUGGUGUUGGGGUGUUUCCAGGCGGUCAUAUACCCGGCCUCUUACGCCUUGUUUGCCAAAUGGAUACCUGAGGCCGAGUACAGCACUUUCAUGCCAUGGCUGGACAGUGGCAUCACAAUAGGCACUGUCAUUGCAUCGGCCGGUGCCGGCAAUAUACUCGAGUGGGAGGAGAUGGGUGGCUGGCCCACCAUAUUCUACCUAUCUGGUAUAAUAUCGCUGGUAUGGUGUGUGUUAUGGCAACUGACCAUCACGUCUACGCCCGACGAACACACUUGGAUAACACAUAGAGAGCUACAGUACAUACAGUGUCGAGCGUCGACCUCUACCGACGGCGAAACCCACCAAAAACAGUGUACAUCCGAUUUGGGCGAACGGAGGGCACCAAACAAACGGCGCCCAUCUAUACCGUGGGCGCGGAUAUUCACGUCGCGGCCAUUCAUGGCCGCACUCAUAGCCAAAGUCACUUACGGCAUAACGUUUGACUUUAUGACCACCAAAAUACCCGCCUAUUUGCAAGACGUGGUACACUUUCCCAUCGCUGAAAACGGCUACACCUACUCGCUGAUCAUGGUCGGUUUUGCGAUCACCUUGCUCACCUGCGGUUACGGUGCCGACAAGCUGAUCAUGCACUCUGGCCUAUCGAAAACCACCGUGCGCAAACUGUUUCAAACGAUAUCGGGCGUGGGAAUGGCCGCGACGCUGGUGCUGUUGCCGUGGGUCGGGUGCAGUAAGUCGGGCACAGUUGCGCUGUUGACCGCCUGUAUGCUGGCCUACGGGUUCACGUCGGGCGGCGACGUACCGAUAGUGCCCGACAUGAGCGACGCGUACGCGGGCACUGUGUUCGCGGUGAUGAACACCCUGUGCUCGUUCAGCGGCUUUAUUGUGCCCUAUUUUGUGGGCGUGUUAAUCGAUGACGAUCCCACCUCGAUGCUUUUGUGGAGCUACACGUUUUACGUGUCCGCAGUCAUUGAUUUGGUCGGUACCCUGGUGUUUGUGUUGUACGCCUCGGCUAAGCCCCAGCACUGGGAACGCUCUAUUGAUGAUGGGGUUAAGGAUGUGACCGCCGAUCGGGACGUUAGGGUAGAUGAGAAAAGUGUAAUUUUAGAUGAUUUACGCAGACAUAAGGCUGGUUACGAUAGUUGCGGAUAUAAUGUACCGUAGAUUUUGCCAAUUUUACCAGGA